GCAGUGGACGGUACACUUCGAAUCACCCUCCGCCACUCGCCUCAACUCGUUGAAGCACAUGUCGCAGAAGGAAAAACCUUCUCUGACGACCCUGUCAUAAAUCGCCUUCAGACGGCUAACGCGCGUCGUGAGACGAGAGUGUGUGGUUAAAAUGUGAACCUGUCCUCGUCGCGGAUGGUAUGUUGUGCGGUGUUGGGUUCCUAUAUUGGCUGCUGGCCUCUGCUGGCCUUCCAAGGGCCGGUGCCAGCGAGUUUCCGGAACGCGAAUGUUGCGACCUUCAAUAUCCCCUACACCAGUCAACGGAUGCCCCGACGACGACUCCGGCCUCUGUAGUCACCUCGGUUGGUCCAGGUCCUAAUAUAAAAACAACAAUAGCGAUACUAAAUUGUCUUUUGGCAAGACAACUGUGUUUCGACGACGCCUCCUGUUCCGCCAUCCUAGAAAUUAUUCCGCGAGUUUGCGGGCCGGAGUUAGGGGGAGUCAAGCAGGAGGCUCAAAAUCAAAACGUUGCGUGCUCAACGGUGACUGUAACCAAAUGCCAGGCGGCCCUGCGAACACUACAAGCAUUCCCAUUCUUCAAACCAACGUGUCUCUGUCGAGAACCACACGUGGACCCAGAAUGCAACUCUUUCAGAGACUUCCUCUUCGAUCACCCUUGCGUUUUCGUCCUUAAAAAAGAAAAAGAUCCUUAUCCGGUAGACGCCCUUCCAACCUGCAACCACGCGCUGUCGGUUUGCCAGCAAGAAAGAAAAUGCUUGAAACUUUACGAAGACUUCAAGGCACACUGCAAAGUUCGAGAAAACAAGUGUCGAAUGGAAGACAGAGACCUCUGCCAUGAAUCUUGGGCGAACCUACGUAAGUCACCAAUGUUUGGUUGUAUUUGUCCUAACAACCAUCACAUGAAGAAGAGAUGCGAUCGCAUAUUCAGCAUAGUGAACCACAAUCCGUGUGUGGACAUUCUCACGUUAUCCCUUGGCCCCGACUCUACACCCGCCGACCCUGACCGGGCCUUCUUUCGGAACUUCUGGUCACCUCCCACGAACCUCUACCCGUACUUCUUGAUCCCUCCUACAACGCACGCCAAUGUUCAUGCCUCCGGCACCUAUCGCACGCAUAGCACUGGCACAGGCAUAGAUUUCCACACCGUAGAGGAGACGCUCAUCACCUCCUUACAGUAUCCAGACUUCGACGAGACGGCGUCGGACAACGCGUCUGCCUCAUUUGACAACGGGCUAGGCAAUUCCAUAGUAGAAAACCCGCUAGUUGACGCGGCCAAUGGGAUAGAGGCGCACGCUAACAGCGACCACAUUAGCGCGACCGUUCUCAGCAACAAAGGAAAAUCAACAGCUCCAAACAUCAGCCACUAUGAUGAGGAACAGAACGUCAGCGCCGCUGGUCAUCAACAAAAAUAUUCAAGCUCAACCGAUCAUGCUCGAUCUGAGGCAAAUGAAAUGUCUCGGACGAUAUUUCAAAGUACAUGCCACGUGGCGAUGGAAAGUUGCAAUGGGAACUACAAUUGCAGAAUGUCGCUGGCACCGAUUUUGCAUCAUUGCGACAUGUCGCGGUGUAACCGGAAUUCGUGCAUGGAGGCGUUGCAAGCUUUCUAUAGAAAGCCGGGAUUUCCUUGGAACAUUGAGAUCGCCUUUUGCCUCUGCAAGAAGACCGACAACAAACUCGAUACAUGCAUGAUCGCUCAAGAAAAACUUCAUCCUGUAUGCGCACAAAGGAUUGAGGGUGCACCCCAACCUACGUGUUUAUCCCUCGCGGAAGCAUGUAGAGAAAGCAAAGAAUGCCGAUCACGUCUUGAAUAUUACGAGCAGUCCUGUGCGGUAGAUAGCGUGACGAAAAAAUGUGCCGGUUCGCCAUCGGAAUGUCGCCUUGCAAUGUUGGGAAUUCUUGGGACAGAUCUCAGGACGACCUGUGCUUGUAAAGGAACGGAUAUGACACAGUUAUACGAGUGUUUAGGAUGGCAGAGGCUGCUCUGGGUUAAUCCUUGCGUCGUUGAAUCUCAAAAAGAUUUUCAUAUUAAAAAAGCUGCUGAACAAGCGUUAUUAUCGACUACUUUGGUACCUAUCAAGAUGACUACAACAGCUAGAGCAAGUUAUACACUUGGAAGGGUUACUUUGGCGAGCGCAACCGUUUCGUCGUCGUUUUCAGGGGAAAAUUCUCACCCAGAGUACUUACCGCAGCCCAUAAUACCAACACCAACGACUACUACAACCACAACUACCACGACAACCACCGUUGCGACAACCACCGUGCCACCGAAGUUUUGUGUGGUUCAAAGGCCACAAUUUCCCGAUCAAUACAUCAAAGAAGGCAGCUUUAAACGAAUUUACCACGCUGACGAGUACGAAUGUUCGGACGUGUGCGAAUGCGAAAUCGGAGAGAAAUUAUCGUGCAAGACGAUAUGCAUAGAUAGGAUGCCCUGUAAGACCGAAUUCGCGUUCUACAACCAUGCAGCUCCGGCCUAUCAAGCCUACAGGGGUCGUUGCCUCUGUUACUCGGGCCAUUUCAUCUGUAUGAAACCCUUACCGACUGACUACAGCCUUCCACAAGGAGUCUACCUUUUUUUGGGUUACAGCGAAGUGGAUGAAAGAGAACUAAAUAAAAAUCAUACCCGAGUUACCGUUCAAAAUAUCGUUCACGUAUUACAAGAUUUCAUUAAACAGGAAGCAGUUAACGGGACGCUGUGCAACUUGGAACUCUUCAAUACGACGCGAGAAAAUGUCAUCAUCGUGGGCAAGCUGAACGAGCAAGUUGAUUACGCCAUGUUGUCGCCGUCUGACAGUCUAACAAAGGAGAAGGAAGAGUGCGCGGAGCUGAUGGAGACGAUCGGAGAUCGGAUAAAUUCGAGGAAUCCGGACUUCAUCUCUCAUCUCUUAUUGUCGAUAUUUAAAAUGGCGGAGGUAGAAAUCGUUCAAGUGGAGCCCGUCUCCAAGGCGUCUACGCGACCACAACUAAGCUGCCUCAUAUUAAUUGGGGUCGCAUUCACGACUUAUAGAAACUUGCGAGGCGUUUCGUGACACAAAAGACUGUAAAAAUGCUGUACGUGUAAGCACAAUUAAAUACAUAUCGUUUUACAAUGAAUUAAUUGAAAAAAAAGAGAAUUAAAAAAAAAUUAUAAAAGAAUUAAACGAAAUAAACGUAUUUCUGACAAAAAAACAAAACCAUGUACAUAUCAUAUAUAUGUUGACUGUUGUUAAUGAUAACUAACGAUUAAAAAAACGUUGUAGAGGAUAGUUAGAUAUGUAUAUGCUGUAGUGAGUACCGUAAACGUUGCUCAGCUCAUAUCUGUCCAAACUCACGAGACGACGUUUUCCUUCUAAACCUUUCUUCUUAAUUUUAAUUAUUUAAUUUAUUUAAUAAUUUAUUAAUAAAAAGUUAGGUCCUUUCGCAUUCGAGAUCAUGUACAAUCUAAAAAUGUCUUCCCAGAGUUAUGCUACACCGAAUAACUCCGAAUGCCGUGACAUCUAAACUUAUUUUUUAAAACGAAAAAAAUAUAUAUAGGCGUUUCCGAUGUUGAUCUGACAGUCUUUCAUUUCGUAUACGAACCAACUUCAAAAAUAACAAAAAUAUAUAUGUGGUGUUACACUUAAGAAUGAGCUUAAUCGAAAAGUAACUCUCGUUCUAUUCACUUUGUAACGCAAAGACUAGAUGAGAUCAACAUACGAUCGACGAGGCAAAGAAAGAUUGUCUAGGCAUACGUAAUAAGAAUAUGCAUAUCAUAAUAGCUUUAAAUUCAAUAUUAUUUUAAAAAAUAAUCCUUUAAAACAUCGAUUAGAAAGAUGUUUUGAAGGAUUAUCAUAGUUUGACGAUAAUUUAAACGAUAAUUAUCGUUUACGUUGAAAUCCAAAAUAAAAUAAAAUAAACGACUGACUCACGACAUAUCGUUCAUACAGAUAAGUUAAAAAAAUAAAAAUGAAGAAACAUAGUGGUUAUUAGCGUUUUACGAUGAGAAAAUGAACUUAAAUAAAGUAUAUUCAACAAAAAAAAUUUGAAAAUUAAUCGUAUUUUCCAUUUCCAUUGGGACGUACAAAGUUAACGCGUGGAAAGUUUUGGUCGUCAAUAAAUCCAAAUUAAAGUUCACACAAAUUAAAAAAAAAAUUGUUUAUUUUUUUUAUUGAAUAUACUACAUACUACAUAUUCGAAUAAAUAAACGAUGAAAUGUCGUUUAAGGAAGCUAAUUGUAAUAAAUAAAUCGAGACACGAUUACACAAACAUACACGUACACACAAACAUACAGAAACUGGACCGAAACACAUUUGUAGGCCGCACACGAUAGGACACGUUGUUAAAUAAACACUAUAUGCUUAAUUGUUAUAUAAAAAAUAAAGGAGGAGUAUAGUACGCAAGCACGUUUGAACCUGUGAAUGAUGUAAAAUAUUAUAAUAAAAAUCCCUUUUGAUAGCGAAAUAUUUUUACAAAAAAAAAAUGUUUUAUAGUCGUUUUGUUAUCGAGCGUGAUGAAUUAGAGAGCUUCUAUAACGUACUUACAACGUAACUGUUUCGUCGUUUCUAAGCUGUUUACCAAUUUAAGUAAAGUUGCGUUAUUCAUUUUGAGACGAUUAAUAUGAAUGUCUUAAAACAGAAUAAAACAACUCUAAGUAGUGUAUUAAAAAAAUUAAAAAAAUGUAUCAAUUGCUUCGUAGGUGAAACCCGUCCACGAUUUUUGCUUUAUCCAUUUUUUUUGGUUCUCUCGUGCAUGUGUUGUGCUGUAAACGGCGUUUAGUUGUACCACGAGAUAAAAAAUAAAAAAAAUAUGUUACUCAAUGUAACACCAAAUUGUACAUUUUAGGGGCGUUCAGUUCAAAGAAUUAAUAGGGUAAUUAGUUUUAACGAUCUUAACGAUAAUUAAGAGAAAUCCAGUCGAGGGUUGACUUAGCCAAAAAAAAAAUAAAAAAAAGUAAUAAACGAUCGUCUAGUCUAGUCGAAACCACUUUACAAUAGCUUGGAAAACCCCGAUGUGCUUCAAAUUGCUGUAAAAAACAAUACAAUAAAUGUAAGAGGAACUGUGCUUCAUGUCAUAGUUAAAAUAUAUUAAACGGUAUAAACAUUAUUCAGUUAAGAGCAAUAACGAACGUUUUGAAACAAGGAAACGUUCAUUUACGUUUUAUGUACUCGAUUUCACUAUACUUAGAUAAUAUGUGAAAUAAAAUUGUUAUAAAAUUA